CGCGCGCACAGGUCGCGUCUUCCCAGCAGGUUAACAUCGCGGAUAACGUCACGCAACUCGUGGGAUGCACGCCGAUGGUGUACCUGAACAAAGUCACCGAAGGCUGCGUCGCGGAGAUCGCCGCGAAGCUGGAGAUCAUGGAGCCGUGCUGCUCCGUGAAGGAUCGCAUCGGGUUCUCGAUGAUCGCCGACGCGGAGGAAAAAGGCGCCAUCACGCCCGGGAAGACGAUGCUCGUGGAGCCGACGUCGGGGAACACCGGGAUCGGGCUCGCGUUCAUCGCCGCCGCGAAGGGGUACGACCUGACCCUGACGAUGCCCGCGUCGAUGUCGCUGGAGCGGCGGAUUUUGCUCAAGGCGUUUGGCGCAGACUUGGUCCUCACCGACCCGGCGAAGGGGAUGAAGGGCGCGGUGAUGAAAGCGGAGGAGCUCGGCGCCGCGAAUAAGAACGCGUACAUCCUGCAGCAGUUCGAGAACCCCGCGAACCCGAAGGUGCACUUCGAGACGACGGGGCCGGAGAUUUGGGAGGAUACCGCCGGGCAGAUCGACAUCCUCGUCUGCGGCGUCGGCACCGGAGGCACCGUGACGGGAACCGGGCGGUACCUCAAGUCCAAAAACCCAAACGUCAAGGUGGUCGCGGUGGAGCCGAAAGAGUCCGCGGUCUUGAGCGGGUCCGGCCCGGGCCCGCACAAGAUCCAGGGCAUCGGCGCCGGGUUCAUCCCGGGCAUCCUCGACACGGAGAUCCUCGACGAGAUCAUCCAAGUCGGCAGCGACGACGCGAUCGAGAUGGCGAAGGAACUCGCCCUCAAGGAGGGGCUCAUGGUGGGCAUCUCCUCGGGCGCGGCGGCGCUCGCGGCGAUCGAACUCGCGAAACGGCCGGAGAACGCGGGGAAGCUCAUCGGCACGGUGUUCCCGUCGUUCGGGGAGCGGUAUCUGUCGUCCGCGCUGUACAGCUCGAUCCGCGAGGAAGCGGAGGGGAUGACGUUUGACAAGGAGGAGAAGUGAUGAAUUGAAUCGACGAGAGAGGAGGGAGGAUAGGAGGAGCGCGGCGUCUCGGUCGGUGCGUUCGGCAUGGUGCGGGCUCCCCGGACGCGGAGCCCACGUCUCUUGUUAUACAGUACAUAUUGAACU